AUGACUCUUUUGAUCAACGCUCAGGGUGUGCCCCAGUUGUCAGUCUGCUUGUCAGAAGAACCGGAGGAUCACAUUAAGGCUGCUACUGCCUGGGCCCUGGCCCAGAUUGGGAGACACACGCCAGAGCACGCCCGGGCUGUCGCAGUCACAAAUGUCCUGCCAGUUCUGCUUUCUCUGUACAUGUCAACAGAAAGCUCUGAAGAUCUUCAAGUAAAAAGUAAAAAAGCCAUCAAGAGUAUCUUACAAAAAUGCACCUAUUUACCAGCCCUUGAGCCAUUUCUAUAUGAUGCUCCUCCCAAUAUUCUGAAGCAUGUGGUUGGACAGUUCAGUAAGGUGUUGCCACAUGACAGCAAAGCUCGACGACUUUUUGUAACAAGUGGUGGACUUAAAAAGGUUCAGGAGAUAAAAGCAGAACCUGGAUCUCUUCUUCAAGAAUAUAUCAACAGUAUUAACAACUGCUACCCAGAGGAAAUAGUAAGGUACUAUUCUCCUGGAUAUUCAGAUACACUUUUGCAGAGAGUGGACAGCUACCAACCACUUAUUAACUGAGCAAAGUUACGCUUUUAUACUUGAAUUCACAGCAGAGUAGUUACAAGUAACAGUUAUUUGUAAAAGCUCUUUCUAAAUUUUAAGGCAUUUGUUAUUGUUCUAUUAAAAACCACACACACACACCCCUCCAACUAGAUACAGAUGAAAGAUGGUAUUCAAAAACUCAUAGUUAUUUUGGCCAAUUCUUCAUAGGCACAGGCAAGGAAAACUGUCCUUGUAAAUUCCACAGUAGGUACUAGAAGGAAAACAGUUGAAAAGAAGAAACUGAUGACGGAAGUACGAAGACUCUAAACAAAUACUGGUGACAUCAAUGCAUGAACCGAACACAGAUUCUGUGAAUAACCUGUCAUAGAUAACCUUAAGAACUUAGGAAACUCCUUUUCGCCCCAAGUUCCCUGAGCUCUUAUCUUACCCUACCUAAACUGUUUCUUACCUGCACGGGGCUGGAGAGGACAGAAGCGAACAUUAAGCAUUAUGCUGCCGCAGAAGCACAGCUGAAGCAUGAUGGCGCUGGUCUUGAAUGGUGGUGGUGGAGUUGGGGUGAAGUGGUUGGAUUCCGUGUAUAUUUAAAGGUAAAAGCAACAAGAUCUGAUAUAGAUUGAAUGUGAGAUGUGUGGGGUGUGUAAAGAAUGAAGUGAGAUAAUAGUGGCUUUUCAAAUAGAAUACUUGAUGAUUUAGUUGGGUUUUUAUAAAAUCAAAUAAACAUCUUUGA